ACUCUCACCCCGAUGACAAACUAACACCCUCAGACUCUCACUCUGAUGACAAACUAACAACCUCAGACUCUCACUCUGAUGACAAACUAACAACCUCAGACUCUCAAUCUGAUGACAAACUAACAUCCUCAGACUCUCACCCUGAUGACAAACUAACACCCUCAGACUCUCACCCUGAUGACAAACUAACACCCUCAGACUCUCACCCCGAUGACAAAAUAACACCCUCAGACUCUCACCCUGAUGACAAACUAACACCCUCAGACUCUCACUCUGAUGACAAACUAACAACCUCAGACUCUCACUCUGAUGACAAACUAACAACCUCAGACUCUCAAUCUGAUGACAAACUAACACCCUCAGACUCUCAUUGA